UAUUUUUACUUCAGCGUGUAUAUUUGUAUUUUCGCGACAUAAAAUCUUUACAAUGAUCUUUACAACAUUGGUAGGUUGCUUGAUAGCAGUUGUGAGUUCUGAAGAGUGUUGGAGACAAAGGGAUGUUUUGUUGUGCGAUGAUAACAUGCCGAAUGAGGUUCAGGCUGGAAUCACUAUUGUUAAGAUCUUCAACGUGGAUUUAAACGCUUACCUACAGACAGAUAUAUUUCAACACAGGUCAUGGAGAACUGUGGAACACCUCGUACUUAAACCUGAUAUGGACAGCAGUGGCGGUAACUCUUUAGAUGUUGAAACUCGACCAUCGUUUGUACUGCCCUCAACAUUUUCCGACUAUUUGUACAACUUAGUUGAACUCUCGGUGACGAGUGAAAACCUUAUCGGACUUCAUAAAGGGGCGUUCCAUAAUCUGACAAAGCUUGAAGUUCUUGACUUUGCUGGCAACGUUGGAAUAACGCUGACAAAUUUUACAGCAGCAUUGCUUGGAAAUAACAUGGACAAUUUGAAAAUACUUAACAUAUCACAGAUAUCCGUACGGUCACCGUUAAUCAGAACGUUUGGGGGUGAGUUUUUCGAUUGCUUUCGCAGCAGCCACUUGGAGGAGCUAGAUUUGAGCAAAACAGACAGUUUAAUGAUUCCGGGUGAAAUUGCCGAUGCGCUCCCGUUUCUGAAAAGUAUAAAUCUUGGAGACAGUGGAUACCUUGCUGCCAAUUUCAUGGCGGCUAUGUACUUAAAUCCAAACGGACGUUCAUUCAAAUUUCUAAGAAAACUUAACAUUAACAAUGCAUUAUUCCCUGACUCAUUAACAGACGCGAAGUUGCUACUUCCAGCAGACAGUGAUAUAUCGGCGACCGCGCAACUCAAUCUCACACACUUGUGGGCUCGUAACUGUGUGUUGGACGAAUUUGAGUCCAUUCCGUUUGCCGUUUCGUUGGAAAAUAGAGCAAUACUUUACAUGAAGUAUGAAGCUACAAACAUCAGCCGACCUAUAGUUGCCUUGCCUGUAGACAGUAUGGGUGCUAUACCUUUGAAGGUCCUAGAUAUUUCGCAAAACGGAAUUAUAUCUAUGGACUUGAACUUAACUGCAAUGUCAAGGUACAUGGAAGACAUUGAUCUUUCAAAUAACAAGCUAUAUUUAAUGGAUACUAGCAAAAUAAAACAUAUUUUCAAAAACACCCCCAACAUUUACAGAAUCAAUCUUUCAAAUAACCGUUUAUCGAAACUACCUGAUGACAUAUUCAGUACAAAUACUAAUUUGGAAUAUUUGGAUUUAUCUCACAAUAGACUUUCUACAUUAGAUUUUAAAUUUUCUCAUCUUAUAAAAUUGAAAGUUUUGAAUGUUAGUUUUAACGAAAUCCAUUACUUUGAACACAAUAUGCUUUCAAGAUUAUAUUUUUAUCGACAAUCAGUUUUAUUGUAUAGUGAAGAAUUUUCAAUGCAGUUGAGUGGAAAUCCUUUUGUAUGUUCUUGCGAAUCAAAAGAAUUCCUCAGAUGGAUACUUGAUCCAGGCUUUUCAAACUACAUACAACCUCAAAACUUUAAAUGCCUUCAAAGCCAAUCUCAAACUUCCAUUAGUAUUGACGAAAAUGCUUCAGCAGAUGCGGAGUUUGAAUGCAAAUUGACAUUGAUCAUUGGUGUAUGUUCUGCAGUGUCAGGAACACUUAUCAUUAUCUUAGGCAUUGCAACAUUACUGAUGUGUAGACGGUACCGUUCAAAGCGAAAAGAAAGAAAGCUCGCUCUCUUUAUUGCUAAAAGAAAUGAUAGGACAGCUGAUGAACAAACUCCGAUAUUUCUAUCAUAUUGCAGUGAAAAUGAUGAUUUCGUUUCAAAUGUAAUAUAUCCAACUUUGAACAGUUCUCUACAGAAGAUUCUUAAAACUGAUAAAACAUGUAUUGCUACUGGAGAUCUCGAUUUUCGGCCCGGCAUCCACGUAGCUGAGGAAAUUGUUACGUGCAUUUCAAAUUGCUCUGUCCUAGUAGCAUGUGUGUCAAAAGCCUUCUGUAAAAAGACAUGGUGUAAAAAUGAAGUGUUUACAGCUAUUCACGAACAAAGACCUGUGGUACUCAUUUUACUAGAGGAGGUAGAACUGUCAUUGAUGCCUAAGGUUUUGAGAAAGCAUUUUUUGACCACAACACGUGUUACAUGGACUAGACACGAUAUAACGCCAAAACCCGACGUACAAACCAUUUGUCGAGGAAUCGUACAAUUGAUGGCGAAAGAACAAGACGACAGCAACGUUAUCGUGGGUAACAAUGGAUGUUUAAUGUCAGAAGACGGACAUCCGUCUGGAUAUCACAACGAGAAUGCAGAGACAAUUCUGUAAAUUGUAUUAACUUGCUCUUCAAUCUCAAACUAUGACCGUUGAUAUUGUUAUAGCAUUGGUGUUUUGAACUGUAAAUACAAUACAUAAAUAGUAAAACUAUCAUUCUUGUAUAUCAUGUAAUCUCCCACUUAAUUCACUCAACGAAUCUGGUCUGACACUUUAAACUUGUCACAUGACACCGUAGGAAACAAUUGGGAAACUUAUACUUCAAAAACGGCUGUGUUUUAAUGCUUUGAUUUAAAUACAUGUAGUGUAUUGUUUAAGUUUGUUUUCUAUUAGCCUAGAUUUGUAUGAUUAUUGAUUGUUGAUAACAAAAUGUUAAA